UCUGUCAUCACGUCAUUUCCGGAGUACGUCCCUCAACGAAACUUGCCUUAGAGGGCUUCACUUAGUGUGGGCGGCUAGAGAGCACUGCGUUUUGCCUGUUGCCUGCCAUCCUCCUGGCCCGUCACCAUGGGAGUGACUUGUGUGUCCCAGAUGCCUGUGGCUGAGGGCAAGAGUGUUCAGCAGACCGUGGAGCUUCUCACCCGGAAAUUGGACAUGCUUGGGGCUGAGAAGCAAGGAACAUUUUGUGUGGACUGUGAGACAUACCACACAGCUGCCUCUACGCUUGGCAGCCAAGGUCAGACUGGGAAGCUGAUGUACGUGAUGCACAACUCAGAAUACCCCCUGAGCUGCUUCGCCCUCUUUGAGAAUGGCCCUUGCCUUAUUGCUGACACCAACUUUGAUGUGCUCAUGGUGAAGCUCAAGGGCUUUUUCCAGAGUGCCAAAGCCAGCAAGAUUGAGACCCGGGGCACCCGCUACCAGUACUGUGACUUCCUAGUGAAGGUGGGCACAGUCACAAUGGGGCCCAGUGCCCGAGGCAUCUCCGUGGAGGUGGAGUAUGGUCCCUGUGUGAUAGCUGGCGACUGCUGGAGCCUGCUGCUCGAAUUCCUCCAGAGUUUUCUAGGCAGCCACACACCAGGAGCUCCUGCAGUAUUUGGGAACAGACACGAUGCGGUCUACAGCCCAGCAGAUACCAUGGUCCAAUACAUGGAACUCUUCAACAAGAUCCGCAAGCAGCAGCAGGUGCCGGUGGCUGGGAUUCGUUAGUGGCUGGCAGCUGCCUGGUUGAGCUCUGUCACCAGGGGUCUCCACAGGAGGAGCAGGUGCUGGACCCUCAGGCCUCUGGAACUGAGGAAACCUGGGGCAGACAAGGAGGCUUCUCUCUCCCCCCAGUUCCCAGCUGUGGUUUUUAUUCUGGGGUUUUGAACUCCCCUCCCCUGACCCUCACACAGAGCCCCCCAACAGCUGUUUCACCGCACGCCUUACUGGACUUGGCCUGUCCUCAAGAAUGGUAAUUAUGAAGAGUAGAGAAGUUUGGUGCUUUCCUGCUUUGGGGGAAAAGGUAGGACAGGGGUGUCCCUGACUAGUUUUGGUGGGAAAAGGGGUCUGUAUCAACUAUUGAGGAUUUGGCCUAGGUCCUCAGUGGACAGGUUGAGCCAGGCUAUAAUAGAGGCCUCUUCCUCUACUCAAAGGGUGUGGUUGGGCCUCUACUGGGGAAGGGUUAGGAGGCACAACUUCUGUGAUGGCUAUCAUUGUCUGAUCUAUUCGCUGAAGUGAAUUGUGAGUUGACUUUUCUGGGUGUUACCUGAGUCCUUUAAAGUCUCUCUGACAUCUUUCCAUGCUGCUGUGAAUUCCAUUAAGCCACAGGCUAAGCUGCUGUAACCAAGAGAACUAAUGAACAGUGGCUCUUAGUAGAAGUUUAUUUUUCUCACUUCUAAUAGUCCAGAGGGUAAUCAGAAGGUCCAGAGCAGAUUUAACUCUACAAGGUCAUCAGGAAGUCAGUUUCCUUCUAUCUUGUUCAGCCAUCCCUAGGGUGUUGUUCUUGCCCACAAGGUCAAAGCAGACUCAUCCACCGUGUGUCCACAUUCUACUGGGGAAAGAGAGAGAACACAGCAGUUUCUUUUUUUAAAGGAUAUGACCUGGAGCUACUCAAAUCACUAUUGUUGCAUUUUGCUGAAGGAUUGCCAGGACACAGAGCCUCUUACUUGGGUGAUAACAUGCCCAGUUAAAAACUCAUGGGGUUCUGUGACUAAAAGAUGAAAGAAAAAUGGGUGCAGGGCCCAGUUAGUGGCCUGUGCUACACGGAGCUCAAUGGAUGUGCCCCAGGGUGCUCUUGCUGUUGUUUUGUGGAAAGCACCCCCUGUAACUAAGUUGUUUGUUUAUGAAUUGGGUUGGGACAGGGCUGAUGCUAGAGCCGUUUUCAGGUUAGCUGGAUUAGUCACACUAGGAAGUCAGUUCCCCAGCCCUUUUCUUGUCUCAGCAGCAGGCCUGUCCAGUUCUCUGGUGCCAGUGCUAAGCCUUAGAACAGUUGAUGGAUGCUGGUGCUGUGCUCCAUAGUUUCCCGAGCUCUUUCUCAUUUGAGCCUCCAAGUUGCUCCUUUGACCUACAUUGCUGGCCUGUCCCACUCUGGCUGCAGGACUGUUGAGUCAGGCUAACAUUGAGAUCAUCUCUGUGGAUACAUACCAUUCUCAAGGACACUGUCCCUCACUGCAGGCACCUAAGGAGAUCUGAGUGCUCAGAUCUAAGGCCUCUGCAACAGGGAUCAGGUAGUGGUUGUGUUACCCUGUUUGCUUUGGCUGGCAGGAAGUGCACUUCAACGUUAAAGGGCAGGAUCUGUCAUCUGCAUUUUUUUGUUCUCACUUCCCCCUGGUUUUUUGUUUCUUUGUUUUUGCUUUUUAAAAUUGAGGUAUGUUUUAGAUAUCAUUUACACACAAUAAAAUGUGCAGAUCUUAUAUUUUAGCCUUCUGAUUUGUAUUUACUCUUGUCCAGAUUCAUGUGUGUAUUUUUCUAUAGGCUGCCUCAAAUCUUUUAUGAGAUAAGACAGCCUUUAGAAUAUAAUGUGUUCCUGAACAUAUAGAGAAAUUGAGUGUGGUAAAUAUGAGUCUAGAUUUAUGCAUUAUAAGGAGGGAUUCUGUUCUUAAAAACUAAAAAAUAAACUCCCUAACCAUAUUUUGCCUUUUAGACAGAAUUUUGGCUCAUACAUUUCCAGAGUUCUUCAUUUUUGUUCUUUUCCCUUAUUUUGAGCACAUGUUUGACCAACCUUAAGUCCAGUGAACACUAGAUCAAGCUUUAAGAACUGCCAUUUUAGGUACUUUUAUCCAUCUUUAUCCUCUGUAUCAAUUUAAAAGAAAGUUUAUCACCAAGAAAGGCAGGUAACGUGGUACGUUUCUUUGUUUAACAAAUAGAGCUCCACUAGCCAAGUUGCCAAACCCAAACUGGUAACUAGUGGGAAGGGUCCACGUGACACCAGUUUUUGUGUGCAAAUCUGAAUGGGCUUUCAAGAGUAGUCUUGGACUGUCAGUGUAUAAUUUUUGAAAGUUUAUGUUGAGUGAAAGUUGAGCAUUUGUAUAAAUUUAAGGAAAAAAGGGCAUUGUUAUCCUUAUUUUACAAAUGAAAAAAAUUAAACUCAGCUAGUAAAUGGAGAUGCCAUAUUUUUGGGUUCAGAUCUAAUGUUCUUCCUUUUACAUGAGACUGUCUUCCUACCCUUCCUUUCUUUGCUUCCAGAUACUUUAACCCUCUCCCCAUCUAUAGCUACCCCCAAAAGACUAGAACCUGGAAACUUUCUAGGACGCUGCUAACAUGGCACCUUAGUGGGUGCCUUUGCCAGGGCCACAUAGAAGUCUGCCAGCUGUGACUGUCAGAGUUGGGCAGGGAAGCUAUAGGGCCAAUCCCUAUAAGUUGGGGUGGUGGUAGCUUCCAGAGAGGUCAUGCCAAGAGAUGAGGCUGGAGUCAGGACCAGAAAUCAGACUGAGAGGACUCCUAGCUACCAGCAUCUGUUAAAGUGUGGCACCUGGGCUUCAGUUUAGUGCCAGGUGAUUUUAGGUGGAAUGUGGAAAACACUGUUAUAUUAGUACUUACGUCUUAUUCCAAUGUAUGUUAGAGAAAGGUAUAACUUUUUAUCCCUUAGAGUGAGAGUAAUUUUUUCACAAGAGUCCACUUAAAGGGAACUUUUAAGUUGUAGUACAGUGAUAUCUGCAAAGGGCAAAAUCUGUAGAGGCGGAAGGCACAUACUGGGAUUUGGGGACACACUGUUCUACUUUGUGGCUAGUCCAUUUCCUGUAUCCACUGGUGGUUUCUACUCUGGCUGUGCUUUCCUCUUGUCUCUCCUGUGCUGUUCUGAUUCUUGGUACGCCUGUCCCUAGGCUGCCUCCUGCUGGCUUUCCUCAGAUCAUGAGUACCAAGUAGUCACAUUGCACCAUCCUCCCAGCCCCCAUCUAUUGGUGCCACUGCUCCUGUGGAGGAAUACCUAGAGACUGGCCAGUCCUCCCACCCCCAGGCUGCCCCAACCUCGUGUGUCCAGUAUUCAUUCCUGAGGCUUCAGGAUGAGGAGGGAAAUACUUCGCUUCAAAUCCUGGAGGGUAAGGGGAGCAGUUAGAAAGUCCCACCUAAGCAAGUUCUCCAGGUGUCAAAGUUGAGACUCUUAAAAUAUAGGAAGGGCUAUGGGCUGAACAUUUUGAGGACAGACAGUCACAGUAGAUCUCAAGUCAGGCAGCACUGAGGCCCCGCCGCCUGCAAGCCCAUACCUGUAAGGCUAACAUGGCCUUUCUCUUGCCACAGUCCCCAUCUCUGUGUCUGCUGCAGUUUGGGCUCCUUGGGCACAAGCCCCAAUCAUAAGUGCCAGUGGAGUGGCUGAAACCAGUUGUAUUACAAGUUUGGCCCUCUCCUGGGGGUCUUUGGACUUUGAGCAGUGACUUUCUUGAGAGUGGGCUCUCCCACAGUAUGAGUUUCUGCCAUGGUGUAGAACAGUGCCAAAUCAGUCACUUGGAUUAGAAGGGACCCUUUAGGUCACUUAGUUUGACCAUCAACCAUCAUUCAGUGCUCAUAUCUGUACACCAUCCCUCCCAGAGGUCUUGCAGCCUUGACUUGAUUUCCUCUUAGGGAUGUCCCUUCUCUGUGUAUUUCAUCUUUUUGCCUAGGAACUGAAGCAAAAAUCAGAGCAAAAGAAAAACAUUCCUGUUCUUUCCCUACCAGAUUGUGUAUUGUGAUUAAUGAGGGAAUUUGUCAUUAAUUGGUGCUGGAGUUUGAGCAGACUAGGACUCUAAAGUAGGGAUUCUCAACGUUACUGCAGAUUGUCAACCGCCGAGGGAAGCCUCAAGAAGCCUACAAUGCCUUGAAACUGGACAUGGUUUUGUGUAUAUGUGAAGCUUUGUGGGAAUAGGAUUUAUAGGGUUCAUUAGGGUACUUCAAAGAUCCAUAAUCCAUAAGAGAAUCUCUCUAAAGAGAGACCAGAUCCUGAAGGGAAACAGCAAGGUGACAAAGAUGAGGCAGGCACACUGUGAGCAAGGCCUUCCCCUGUGUUUUGGACCCCUCAUCUGGAAGAUUUUCCUCUUUAGUUUUGUAGUCAGUCCCUUCAGGCCUUUCAGUCAGUUUCUGGGAAGUUGGACUAUUUUCCUGCUCAUAUCUUUUCUACAGAUUCCCCCUUCUUGUCUUUACAUACACAUACAUACAGCCUUUUAGAAACAAAUAGGAGUAAGUAUGUAUAAAGCAAUUUUUAUAGCUUUCUUUGCGGCCCUAGGAGUUCUACUCCCAUUAUGACACACUCUGUGGGAUCUGAAAAUUAUUCUGUUGUGAUCUGAUUUGGCAUAAUCAUAUUUUCAUUUUUUAGAAUAAAUGUGAUUGAUGAGGCAGAGAAAUAGUUCCUUGCUUCUGUGAUGAAAUCAGCAAGUUAAAAAAAAUUCUUGGAUCUAUUAGGGCAAAGAUCCCUAAUUAGCUAGCAUUCUCUGUCUUACUUUCCAACACAUACUUGCCUCAUCAGAUGGCACAGACCUGUUUUUAAGGUUAAUCUAAAUUUACUGAAUUUUCUUUGGAGGCUUAAGAAAAGAGAAUUUAGGGAGCACAUUUAGAUAUCCUAGAUUGUCCCAAGGGCAGAAUUCACUAUUGGAAAUCUUCUGUCAUGUAGGAAAGUCAAGGCUAGAGAGUAGAAGCGACAGGUAUUCCAAGGUAGCCUACUAAAAGGAAGAGAAUACUGCUUUAGGAGAGAUGGCUGGGUGCUAGUCAUUGUUCCAAACUUGUUAAGUAACUCUGGGUUUCCUCUGUUAAGUGGGAAUAAUCAUGCCUAUUUUCCAUAUUUCCUAGGCUAUUGACAGACUCAAGGGAGACUAAAUGUGAAGAGUGCUUUGUAGGCAAGGAGAUGCCAUCUCUGCUCUUACAUCAUUUUUUUUAAGGUAUCAUUGGUAUACUCUUUUUUUUUUUUUUUUUUUUUUAAUAAUUAUUUUUUAUUGAAGGGUAGUUGACACACAGUAUUACAUUACAUGAGUUUCAAGUGUACAACACAGUGGUAGAACAUUUAUAUAUAUAAUUCUAGGUUCCAGCUAUCACCCUACCAGGCUGUUACAAUAUCUUGACUAUAUUCCUUAUGCUAUACCUUACAUCCCGGUUACUAAUUUAUUUUACCAUUGGAAGUCUGUCCUUUUUUUUUUUUUUUUUUGUGAGGGCAUCUCUCAUAUUUAUUGAUCAAAUGGUUGUUAACGACAAUAAAAUUCUGUAUAGGGGAGUCAAUGCUCAAUGCACAAUCAUUAUUCCACCCCAAGCCUAAUUUUUGUCAGUCUCCAAUCUUCUGAGGCAUAACAAACAAGUUUUUACAUGUAGAACAAAUUCUUACAUAAUGAAUAAGUUACAUAGUGAACAGUACAAGGGCAGUCAUCACAGAAACUUUCGGUUUUGCUCAUGCAUUAUGAACUAUAAACAGUCAGUUCAAAUAUGAAUACUCAUUUGGUUUUUAUACUUGAUUUAUAUGUGGAUACCACAUUUCUCUCUUUAUUAUCAUUAUUUUUAAUAAAAUGCUGAAGUGGUAGGUAGAUACAAGAUAAAGGUAGAAAACAUAGUUUAGUGUUGUAAGAGAGCACGUGUAGAUGAUCAGGUGUGUGCCUGUAGACUAUGUGUUAAUCCAAGCUAGACCAGGGCAAUAAAACAUCCACGUAUGUAGAAGAUUUCUCUCAGAACAGGGGGGUGAGGUUCUAAGCCUCACCUCUGUUGAUCCCCAAUUUCUCACCUGAUGGCCCCCCUGCGACUGUGCCUGUCUUAGGUUGUUCCUCCCUUGAGGAAUCUUACCCGUCUCUGGCUAAGCAGUCAUCUUCCGGGGCCAUACAGGGAAAUGUGAAGUUGGUAAGUGAGAGAGAAGCCUUAUUGUUUGAAAAAGUUAGCUUUUUACUUCUUUGCAUAUUUAUGCCCUGUGGCUUCUAUGCCCAGCAUUUGUCUUGAGGUAUCUUUACCACUUGGAAGAAUUAUGAUACUCGGUAAAUUUGAUAUGAGGCACUCAUUGGUAUACUCUUAUGAAGAUUUCACAUGAAAUACAAUGUGGUUACUACAUUCACCCAUAUUAUCGAGCCCCCCCAUACCCUACUGCAGUCACUGUCCCUCAGUGUAGUAAGAUGCCACAGAGUUACUACUUAUCCUCUCUGUGCUACACUGUCUUCCCCAUGAUGCCUCCCACACCAUGUGUACUAAUCAUAAUACCCCUCAAUCCCCUUCUCCCUCCCUCCCUCUCUCCCUCCCCAUCCAUCCUCCCACACCCCUCUCCUUUGGUAACCGCUAGUCCCUUCUUGGAGGCUGUGAGUCCACUGCUGUUUUUUGCUCUUGCAUCUUUUUAAUGGUGCUGCUGAAUGGUGUUUAGUUCAGAUCUUUAAGAAGGGGAGUUAUGGGGUCCUUACUGCUUGCUGGCAAUUUAAAAUUCUCCCCCAGUGUGAAGAAUGUAGUUGUAAGAGAGAAGCAAUAGUGUGGAGAGAGGGUCCAAGGAAAGUAUUCGUUGUCCGGGUAUGUUCUCCAUAAACUACAUCAGUGAGCACAGUUGUAUGGACCAUCUCUGGGGCACGGAACUGUGAUUUUUAAUACUCAUAGUGAUGAGAUUUUACUUGUUCUUCUACAAUGAAAGAAAAGAGGCUGGGCUUAAAAAAAACAAAUGGGGUAGAAAUGACUAAUUUUCUUUGUGGAACACAUCUAUCCUUGUUUUCCCUUGGUUCCCAAGCCCUAGUUACGUGUCUGAACUGGUUUUUUUUUUUAUGCCAUGUAUAUUGUGAUCACAUUUGUAAUCAGUUGUGUCUUUAAAGAAAGUUCAGUGUUUCUGUUUCUAUUUACCACUCCUCAUUGAUGAACCACUGAAGCUCUUAGCUCUGAAGCUACAAUAAAAUCUUUUUGUUAGCUAUUCUGCA